AGUUGUAUUGGGUAUAUAAAGCGAGCGCAAAUCGGCAUCUACUGAUAACUCCUGUUUAUCAAAAAUCGUACACAAUGUUUUCUGUUUGGUGGCUUGUGUGUGUUGUCGGAAUAAUAUCGGUUAAUCGUGUUGAGGGAGAAAUCACGUCUGAAACAUGUCAAGUCAAGCCACAAGAAAAACAUUGCCUGAUCGAAUGGGUUGUUAGAGACAGGUGGCCACAUCAAGACAGGUGGGUGUUCGACUGGCGCACGAUGAAGUGCAACGUUGUCUUCUGGGCCGACCACUGCCCAGCGCCGCAGCCGGACACCAACAACUUUGCCUCGGAAAAGGCAUGCUUGGACGCCUGCUCUGGAUGGGCUUAGUGCCGGAUGUAACCAGAACGCUAGCAAAAACGAAGACAGGUGAUACUACUGAUGAAUACUGAUGAGAUACAAAAAAUCCUGCGAUUUUUUUUUAAAUUGACUAACGCUAGAGGUCAACGAACAUUAGGUAAUUAGGUCACUCAAAGUCAAUGCCGUGUCGUAGGUGGGUCAUUGACCCGAGUUUUGCACGAUAUACAAUGCGGGUUUGAAAAAUACUAAAUCACUAAAACUACAAGAUAAUGCAAAUGGUUAUUGGCAUUGGAUUGUGUUAAGGUAGUAUAGUAUAAUAAUAACGUUAAGUUUUUGCUAGUUUUCUCGUUGUACACCCUGUACUAGCUAUUAGUGAUAUUUUGGCAGGUUUUCACUACAAAAACUGUCGUUGCGCCCAAUUUAUUCCUUGGUUAAACGCUACUCUACGUUGGUGAAAUCGGCACU